AUGGCUGUAUUUAAAGAGCUGGCUCGGAGGCAGGCGAAUGGGGCAAAUGAUGGUCCUGCAACAGACCUUGAGCAUGGAGAUGGCAUACAGGCAGCAAACGUUGGAUUUGGUAGAGUAUUCUCACUGGCAAAACCUGACGCAGGGAAGCUAAUUAUUGGCACUAUAGCACUGCUGAUAGCAUCCACCACUAGCAUUCUCAUUGUAUGCCGUUCUCUGUACUGUAUUAACUUCGCCAUGUUUGAGAGAUAUCCAGGCUUUGAGUUUCAAGCUCCUGAAGCUUCUCAUUUUAGAUAUGCCUUACCUGUAGAUCAUAGAGAACCAAAAUAUGGUGGAACGAUAAUCGACAUUGUAUCAAAAGAUAUAAGGACCCCUGAACAGCAAAAUGAUGCUUUGGAUGACGUCAAGAACACUAUAAUAGCUAUGGUUUCCAUAGUCGUUAUUGGUGAAAGGGUUGUUGCUCGUUUGAGGAAGGAUUUAUUCAGUCACCUUAUCCAGCAAGAGAUCGCCUUCUUUGAUGUUACUCGCACAGGAGAACUCCUGAGCAGGCUAUCUGAAGAUACCCAAAUCAUAAAAAAUGCUGCAACUACCAAUCUCUCAGAAGCACUACGAAAUCUGACUACCGCACUUAUUGGAGUUGGCUUCAUGUUCACAUCAUCCUGGAAGUUAACAUUGCUGUCCUUGGCUGUCGUUCCGGUCAUUUCAGUUGGCAUACGUAAAUUUGGGAGAUUUCUUCGUGAACUUUCUCAUGAAACUCAAGCUGCAGCAGCAGCAUCUGCCUCAAUUGCUGAGGUAUAUGUUUAUUGUGUAAUGUAUCUGCCUCAAGCUGCGGCUGCAGAAUUUUUGUAA